AUGGCAGAGCUCUUAAAGUUCACGAGCAAAUUCCGACUCAAUGGACCAAUUGAACCCCCACCAGGAAAAGUCACGAAACGACCCCGAUUAGUGUGCAAUCAAUGUAAGAAAGCAAAAGUUCGAUGCGAUCGUGGACUACCAUGUGGUUCUUGUAUGAAGAGAGACGAUGGAAUCAGUUGCAGCUACCAGCAGCAAAUAACGGCAUCCGGUGGACGCAACGCCUUCGCCGAGGACAAACUACAACAUCUUGAAUCUCUGGUCACACAGCUGAUUAAAAGCCAGACUUCAAUGGCACCCAAUAAUCUUGAGGUACCAGUCACAUCUGAGAGCUCGUCAGACAGCCAUCAUGUAGACCACGCUUCACGAGAUUUGGUAGUUGAAACACCGGCAGCAACGGAGACCUACGUGGGGUCAACUCACUGGUCAUCGAUGCUGGAAGACAUACAUGAAUUGAAAGCUGCUCUCGCCGGAUCUUCAGAAAUAUCGGACGAACAGUUGUCUACAUCGCCAGGUGCACUAGAAUUGAACCAAGAGCUGAUAUUUGGCGUUCCUGGCGACUACUCGCUUGGUCGAAUCAUUUUCCAGUUUCUUCCUCCAAAGAUCGAGGUCGAUCGGUAUCUGUCAAGGUAUUUUCAAGGUGAAACAUACAUCGUUCCGUUUAUUCAUACGUACCAAUUCCAGCAUCAAUAUCGAGAAUUUUGGGCAGACAAAUCCAAAGUCAGUCCACUCUGGCUGUCCAUGCUCUUUUCGAUAUGUCACAUGGCAUCACUUUUCGGAAGAAACACUGGUUCGCCUUACUCCCCACAAAGAAUGUCCUCAAAUGGAAAUUAUUCGUUACAUACAGCCGCAGGACAGUGUCUCGUGCUGGGCCAGUAUCAUCGACCGCAAAAGUUCGGCGUUGAGGCGCUGGCAUUGUACGGACAAUGCAAAAAUCUCCUAACACUAGACCCAUCCCAAGAAGUGGGUACAAUUCUCAGCAUGAUUGUUCGGAUGUCUUACGGAAUGGGUUACCAUCGAGACCCAGACUCAGUUGGAAACUUCACCGUAUUCGAAGGAGAGAUGAGAAGAAGAUUCUGGGCUUCAAUCAAGCAAAUGGACUUGAUGACAUGCUUUCAACUUGGCCUUCCAAGCAAUGUGAAUCUUGAGCAUUGCGAUACUAAAUCGCCACGAAACUUACUCGAUUCGGACUUCGACGAGGACACAAUCACACUCCCAACCUCACGGUCCGAAAAUGAAUAUUCAAAGCUGCUUUGGUUUAUCGUCAAAGAGAGGCAAGCCGUCAGCUUCAGCAAAGUCUGCCAAGAUGCGCUCUCAUUCAAGGAGAAGUCCGAGAGCGAGAUAAUCGAGCUUGAUGCCGACAUUCGCGAGAUGUAUGCGUCUAUUCCAAAUAUCCUACAAGCACGACCAAUGGCAGAGUCCAUCACAGAUGAGCCAUUUCUAAUCAUGACGAGGAUAUAUCUCCACUUCAUAUACUUGAAGAGUCUCUGCGUUCUUCAUCGCAAGUAUAUGGCCCGUGGAGUUGAUUUCAGCACCCUGACAUGCGUUGACGCUGGCAUGAAAUUGGUCAGGCAGUUCAUAGAAAUGAACGAUGAGUUUGCACCAGGAGGACAGUUACAUGAUCAGCGGUGGAUGCUAACGAAUUUCACCGUGAAUGAUUUCCUGCUGGGAAAUAUGGUCCUUUCGCUUGCAGUCCACAGUUGCAAGAAGAGGGACACAGGUAUGUCUCCAAUCAACAUGGAAACAAGAAAGGAGGUCGUGGAACUACUACAACGGUCAUAUUCUGUCUGUUUUGAAAUCGCUCCAGUCAGCAAAGACGCUCUCCGGGUUUCACACAUCAUCCGUCUCACCCUGAACCGCGCCAGUGCAAAGGCUUCGGAUCAAGUGGUGGAUCUACCAUCCCAGAAAUUUCCAGGCAUUUCGACAACCUCGAUACUGGAUAGCAGUACAGUUGAUGGCGUCACCGAGCCUGCGGGUCAAACUAUCUCAAUACUACCUCCCUGGCAGAGCUGCAUGCCCAGCGAUGACGCGACCUUUGGAGCGUUUGAUUACAUGGACUUUAACAACAAUGAGUCGGAGGGAAUAGAUUGGAUGGCUUUGGACCAAUGCUUCGGGACACAGGAUAUUUCGUCCUAA